CAUCCUGUCGGUAAAGAGCUUUGUCCUGUAGCAUCUCAUUAAAUUUCUGUUUGAUAACGCUUUCAGAACACCUAGAGCUACGUACUUCAGAUUAGGCGAGACCUAGAUUGACGUUGAAACAGUUUUCCAUGCCCAGAGAGCUUCGUCGGCGAAACACAAUGGAAACAAGGGAGUUGGCACCAAUGGCAAACAUCAGAGAGACUGAUGCAGAAGAUUUUGGAAAUGGGAGUAACAACCCCUCCAACAAACCAGAUUAUAGUCCUGGAGAUGAAGGAAUUGAUGAUGGAUUUGACAUUCCAAGUCAACCUCCAACUAAUGGUAUACCACGAAGGUCUCCAUUCCCUCGCUCACCAUCCCCAGCUCCACGGCCAGGGACAGGAGGCUAUAUUCCGGUAUCCACAGACCCAACCAGCAGCAGGCCUGGUAAAAAACCACUAGAUGUGAACCUUUAUGCAACCAAGAAGACAGUGGCACAGGGCAUGAUGGAUCUAGCUCUCCUUACAGCCAAUGCUAAUCAGUUACGUUAUGUACUAGAAGCUGGAAAAUUUGGCUCUCUUGGUGCUAACUACUACGUCAGUUUAACCCUCAUCUCACUUAGCAUUAUCAUGCAGCUGGUGAUUGGUGUUGCUUUGAUCUUCAUGGGUCGGUACAAUGUUUCACGUGAGCACCACGCCCAUAAAGCCGAUGCUCUUAACAACUGGAUUGUCCUUGGAUGUGUGCAGUACAGUGAAUGGGGAAACCCCAAGAGAGUUAAGGAGGAACAAAAUGAGAAGUAGAGGAGGAAGAAAAUAACAAUUAUUUUUAAAUUAUUGUAAGAUCUUUCCUGUUUACCUUAGGAUAGCUGGGAAUGAACACACAUUCCUUUCAUUCAUAUUUUUUAAUUUGUUCUUUGUAAUCUAAAGGUGCGUUGAAUUUGUUCUUUGUAAUCUAAAGGUGUGUUUAAUUUGUUCUUUGUAAUCUUCCCUUCCAAAACAGAGCCUCUAAACUAGCUUACUCCUUGUGGCCCACACAAUCUAGCCUAACCCCUCAGCAACAUAUCCGUAUAAAAAUUAUUUGAAUCCAUAUUCUCUGCUCAUGAACACUCUUAUGCUGCCUCCUGGUUGUCCAUUCUCCUCAUUUUUAGUGCAUCUUUCACUCACAAUCAUCUACUUGGGUUACCUAUCACCCUUCUACCAUCCACCCCUGAAGUAUAUAUUCUUUUUACCAAUAUUUUACUCAGUACAGCACAUUGAUACAGUAUUGCACAGGACUAUGUGAGUAGACCUUCAUCCACUCCCUUUACCAGCACUAACAUCAUUUUCACAUCUUGUUUUAUUCCAGCUUUUAUUAAUUCUCUCCAAUGUGUUAAAAUGUAGAUAAGAAACUAUUAGUAGGCAUUCAUAGUCCAGUGCCUUUCCUAUAAUUGAUAUUGCUUGUAUAAAUAGGAUCAUUCUGUUUGAGGUUUGUACAAUGUUCAGUAACAGAUAACUAUAUGUGGUACUAUAUGUGAUUUAUUUAUUUUUAUUUUUUAUACAAGUUUAAAUUCUUUUGAAAGUCAAUCUUAUGUAUAAACCUUAUGAAAUAAUGUUUUCUUUGAUAAUGUAAAUUUACUCAGAUUUUAUGUACUGUACACUCGAAUUCUCAACCCUGAAACAACUGGACAAGCACAAUGGUAGUUCAACAUAUCAUCAAUGAAUACUGUAUAGAACCUUGAAUAUAUAUUGUGAAGCAGCUACCAGUAGCUCUACCACUAAAAUACCAACUUGUGCUACUUAAUUAAAUAAAUAUCUGGACAUACAGGUAUAGAACCUUUGCCCAGAACACUUUAAGUUACCCAAGUAAAUGGUGGUAAGGAUCUACCAUUGGAUUACUGUAGACACUACAAUUCAGUCUUUCAAGCUAAUGGUAAUCACAGUAAUCUGAGGAAUAGAGUACAAUUACUGUGAAUUUGAAAAAAAUCAGCACAAUUGCACUGUUGAAUUUUUGACAUCUAUUGUUUCUGACAUACUGUAUUGUGCUAAUGUGUUGUGUAGUUAUUGUUUGUUGAACCUUUUACUGUUGAUAUACAGUACAGUACAGCAGUAAGUUGACAUAAAGGUAUAUUGUAAGUGAAAUCCUUAAUGAUGUUCACAAUUUAAAAAAUAUCCAUUCAUGUCAAUAAUAUCUACAAGAGUUUAUGAAAUCUGCCAUUUUUUGUUGAUGCUGUUUUAAAUGUGGUGCUUUAAGGUUUUGAUUCAUUACCUGUUUUAUGUGUUCUGAUAUCAAUGGAGAAUAAGCCUGGUGAUAAUAUAUUAAUUGAAAAGAUAUUGAAUUACACAUCAUGUCUAUUUUCAUAAAUACUGUACAUGUACAGUAUAGUGUACCGUAACUGAAAGAUGUUUGGGUAGUUACAGAGUAACUUGAAUACAUUCCAAAUGUUUUAGACUAUAAAUAUAAUUCUAUGCUAUGGGUGUUGGCAUUCUAGUUAGCUAAAUUGAAAGCCUAGGAUUUUUAAUCCCAAAAUUCUUGUGCAAUGUUUUGUAAAUGAACCUGAAGUAUAGCAUAGAAAAUUGAUUACCUUUACUUGUUGUAUAGUUUUUAUAUACAGUACCAGUAAAUAUAAAUGCAAUACA